UUGACCACCUUUUGCAUGCUGCUCUUGGCCUCGCUCGUAGAAGCUGCGCGCGACUACUAUAAGAUCCUAGAUGUAGACCGGUCCGCUUCAGAGCGCGAUAUCAAGCGUGCCUACCGCAAGAAGGCGCAAAAGCUCCAUCCAGAUAAGCACCCAGACAAGGAGUCGGAAUUCAUCGACGUCUCCGAUGCGUACCAGACACUCUCGGACCCUGAAUUGCGCAAAGUGUACGAUCGCUUUGGAGAAGAUGCCGUUAAGAGACACCAGGCUGGUCAAGGCCAGGGAGGACAGGAUCCGUUCGACCUCUUCUCCAGCUGGUUUGGUGGAGGUGGCUUCGGAGGCGGGCAGCAAGUGCGCAAGGGUCCUUCGAAGCAAUUCAAUGUACAAGUCUCCCUCGCUGACUUUUACAAGGGCAAGAAAUUCGAGAUCGAGCACGAGCGCCAAGUGAUCUGCAUGAGUUGCGACGGCAGCGGGGCCCGGUCCAAGGCGGAUAUCCACCAGUGCGAAACGUGCGGCGGCCGAGGCAUCCGCAUCGUACGGCAGCAAAUCAUGCCGGGCUUUGUGACGAAUGCACAGAUGCAGUGCGACGUUUGUGGCGGCAGGGGAAAUGUGAUCAAGCACAAGUGCCCCAAAUGCGAUGGAGCCAAGGUCCAGAUGGAUAAAGUGCCGAUCAGCGUUGAACUAGAGCCAGGGGCACCCGAAGGCCACCAGAUCGUCUUUGAGGGAGAGUCGGACGAGGGCCCGGACUUUGAGGCAGGGGACGUCAUCGUGAAGCUGAGCUCUGUCCGCGGACACUCCACCUUCCGGCGGCGCGACGCAAACCUCUACUUGACGCACUCGAUAGGUCUCGACGACGCACUGCUCGGAUUUGAGCAGAACAUCACGCACCUCGUUGACUCGCGGGUCAUCACGCUGAAACGCUCCAGCGUCACGCAACCCGGCUACGUGCAGACGAUCCAGAACGAGGGCAUGCCGCUGUGGGAUGCGCGGAUAAAAAGUCCGGUCGCAGAGGGCAAGAAUGGGGAUCUGUUCGUCGAAUAUGAGGUCGUGUUGCCGCAGAACGUGCAAGGAGAUUUUAAG